CUCGGACAUUGGCCCAGAUCCUGUACCGCCYUCUAGUGGUGUGCAAUUCUAUUCAAUAUCCUCCAGAAGCAAACGAAUGAUCCACCAUCAUCGUCUCUUAUCAAAUACGAGGCAUCGUUACAGAGUAGGCCUCAGUGGUGAGGGCGUUCGAUCGACCUUAGGAUAUGGCGGAUAUGGGGCKCUUGACAUCGUCCAUCGGUGUUUGUCGACUACGAUUGCGACAACGGAUGCGAACGUGACAGAUCUCUAUCCGUAUGAUAUUCAACAGGCCCGUAGAACACAAGCCCGCGGCAGGCAUUUCUUGCGGGCCAAAAGUAUAAUAAGGCWGCCAACAWUACGAUCGCUCUCGUCGUCUCCGUUGCACCAACAGUUGCAGUUCCGGUACUUUGCGUUCGAUUCUCGGAAAGCCCGCAAGCCCAAAAAGAGAAAGGAUCCUUUUAGGGUCUUGAAGAUUCCCAAAGAAUCUCUUUAUAAAGACGUAAAGACGAAGUUUCUGAAGAUUGCCAUGAGCAACCAUCCCGACACGCACGGCGACGAUCUGUCUGACGAGGAAAAAGACGCAAUGAGAGACAAAUUUAUCGAGGCCCGUAUGGCCUUCGAGAUGCUCGCGGAAGACGAGGACGAUGGGACGGCYAUCUUGGUGGAAGAAAAGGAAGACAGGGAAAGUAAUUUUGAUUCAUGGUUCCGCAACGAAACUGGUCUCAAGAAUCCGUUUGAUGUCGAUAUCGAUCCCGAAACGAUGAAGGAAGUAGCAGAAAUGACCGAAAAAUUGGGAGGGAGCCAAGGGAUGGACCGGGACGGAGGCAGUAAGUCCUUUGUGUUUAGUGGAGACAAUUAGAUUCGUGCAGCCCGAGCAAGAAAUCUGGUUCCCAGCAGCAAAACACUUUCGUUCUGGCGCAUUGCUUAUCUUUUUCUUUUUGAUGUUUUGAACCAUCCAUUCUACCUUGCUCCUGUUCUUUUAGUGUGGGCAUUGGCACGAAUGGUUACAUCUGCCGUAAAGUCGGGUGGGGAUGCACAGUCAAUUCUGCGACUCGAGUCCGGGGAUGUGAAAGGCCCCGGGMAGAUUCCGAGCGGGUCGCUAAGACGACCCAGGAAACGGUAGCAGAUCCGAUGAAGGGAACUAUUUGUUACUAUACGAACCGGGGCUCGGUGCAAUGAAUUAGAGGGAAUGAAAGCCUUUCGCUGCCCUUUUUUGUCCUCUUGAGAUCAAUGAGCAUCCAUGGUCCGAGCACUGACGUAUGUCAAAAUUGUAACGAGCCGUAAACUUAAGCACAGCAGCUGAAUAAAAUUGAAGUAGCUAC